AUCUCUUACCAGUGCAUGCACGUCACAAAGCAUCAAACUUUCUCCGCCAUAUGGCGUACACUAGCAAAGUCAUCUCCUUCAUCUCCCUCUCACUUUUCCUCUCCUAUCUUAACUCUGCAACAAGCCAAAAUCAUUGCUUAAAGACUGCCUGUAGCCGCAACGAGCCGGUGAUUCGAUUUCCUUUACGGAUUAAAAAUCGCCAGUCGAGUUCAUGUGGUAUUCCAGGUUUUGACAUAUCCUGUGGUAGCUCCAAUGAGACCAUAUUAGAGCUACCCUCAUCAGGAAAAUUUAGAGUUCAAGCUAUAGAAUAUGCCGAACAAGAAAUAUGGAUCAAUGAUCCGGAAAACUGCCUCCCCGGUCGAAUUCUCUCGCUUAAUCUCUCUAACUCUCCUUUCUCUGGCCUUUACUAUCAACCCUUCAUGUUCUUUAAUUGCUCAUCUUCUGAUUAUAGGAAAUACGGGCUAAAUCCAAUAGCUUGUCUUAGUGGCUCUACGUACACAGUUUUUGCUACAUCUUCUUUAAGGAUUGUUGAUUUUCUACAGACAAGGAACUCAUCCUGUAAUUUAACCAGGACGGUUCCUGUUCCAGUUAUAUGGCCAUUUUAUCAAGAAAUCUUGUCCUCGGACCUUAGCGAGGACCUGCUUCUCACUUGGGAUCAACCUGACUGCGGAAAGUGUGAGUCGCGUGGUGGACGGUGUGGCUUUAGGACCAACUCUAGUGAAACUGUUUGCUCAAACGCUCCACAUCGAGGAGUUCCUAGGAAAGCUCUUUAUGCCAUCACUGUAGCAGCUGGAAUACCAGGGGCAUUAAUUCUACUAGGUCUCCUGUGUUUCAUCUGUGGUAGGGUAAAGAAGUUUGCUAGAAGGAGCCCAUUAGGAGGUCUACCAGAAAUGAAUUCCACGGUUAAUCCAGAAACUAGGGUUAUUAUUGCUGGACUAGAUGGACCAACAAUAGAGUCCUAUCCCAGAAUAGUCCUUGGUGAGAGCAGAAGGUUGCCCAAGCCUGAUGACAACACUUGCUCAAUAUGCUUGUGUGAGUACAAGCCUAAGGAGACACUUAAGACCAUUCCUGAAUGCAAACACUGCUUCCAUUCUGAUUGCAUUGAUGAAUGGCUUCUGCUGAAUGCUACUUGCCCCAUUUGCAGACAUUCUCCAGAAAGAUUGACAGCAGCUGAAUCUUGAUGAGAAUCUAUGUUUUGUGUUACACUCCUUGCAUGAGUUACAAUACUUGUAAAGGACUAUUCUCCAACUUCUUUUUACUUUCUUGAAUCUUUUUUUUUGUUUGUUUGAAAGUUUGUAGUUAAAGAAAGAGGAAUUCAAAGAGAUCAUUUACAUA